AUUGUUGUUGUUUAUACGACGCAUUGAUAAAUUUACCCGGUUUUACGUUUUUAGUUGUGAAUAUAAUUAAUAAUGGCUUAUGACGCGGCUCACGACGAUGGCCCAGGUUUUGUGGGAAUCCGGUUCUGUCAGGAAUGCAACAACAUGCUGUACCCCAAGGAGGAUAAAGAAAACAAAAUUCUGCUCUAUGCAUGUCGCAAUUGUGACUACAAGCAGGAAGCUGAUUCGAACUGCAUCUACGUGAACAAAAUUAUGCACGAAAUUGACGAGUUGACACACAUUGUACCGGAUGUUAUAUCGGAUCCUACAUUACCACGCACAGAAGAACAUGCGUGUCCGAAGUGCUCCCACCGAGAGGCCGUUUUCUUCCAGGCCCAAACGCGACGAGCAGAAGAAGAAAUGAGACUGUACUACGUGUGUACGAACCCUUCGUGCUGCCACCGGUGGACCGAAUAGUUGGUACGAUUAUAUUUCUUUUCGGCAGUGGUGUCCAUUUAGGAUAAUUUGUCACAAUAAAUCUACUU